AGAUUGGUAUUAAGUUUGAGAAUUCAGCCCAUGUUUUUUUAAGAUCAAAAAACAGAGUCAAUUUUUGAAAUCCAACCCCUCCCAAUCUCACCAAAUUCUUCAGAAAAUUCAAAAACCCAUCUCCCAAAUCUCUCUUUCUUGCAAAUAUUCCACUUCUCUUGCGCAAGUUUUAAUUUUUAUUUUGUUUACUUUCUUUGGUGAUUCAAUCCAGUCAAAACCCCCUGUUCGUUGUUAUUUAGCUCUCUGUAAAUGGUCGAAUUUCGUUGAAUUUUCAUCGCAAUUUAUGUUUUUUUUUUGUUCUCUGUAAAAAUCGAAUAUUCCUUCUGUUGAUGCGUGCUGUGUUGUGAUCCUCUGUCAUUUUAUUUUCCCCCCUUUGGUUCAAAUUGAAGUAUUAAAUUCAAAACCACCAUUCUCUAGAUCAUCAAAUUUUGAAUGAUGGGAGUUCAGAAAGAUAGAGUAAAAUUCAAUGUCGGCGGCCGAAUCUUCGAAACCACCGCCACCACCCUCGCAAACGCCGGCCGGAAUUCCCUCUUCGGAGCCAUGUUCGACGAGAAUUGGAAUCUCCAAUCCAAUCCCGCCACCACCGCCGCCGCCACGGAACACUUCAUCGACCGAAACCCCGAUUGCUUCUCCAUCCUCCUCGACCUCCUAAGAACAGGGGAGCUCCACAUCCCAACAAACAUCCCGGAAAAGCUCCUCUACAAAGAGGCCCUAUUCUACGGGCUAUCCGACCACGUCAGAACCGCCAGGUGGGGCCCGUUCGAUGGGAACAGGCUCCACCUGGCCCGGUCCGUGCACGGCCGGGCCCCGGGCGACGGCACCGCCAUCCGGGCCGGCCCGGACGGCGGCUGCUGCGUCGCCCACGGCAGCAUGGUCCACGUCUACGACUGGACGCUCGAGGAGCACCCUCCAAUCAACCUCGACUACCAGAGGGUGAACGACGCAAUUUGGGUCGAUUCGGAUAAUAUCGUAAUUAGCGCGUGCGAGAGGUUAGGCAGAGACGAAGGCGGUAUGGGACUGUUCAGCACGUCGAACGGGGAGUUGAGGUAUAAAUUCCACGUGGCGCACGAAAAUCAAGCGAAAAGCUACACCGGUGGAGCGUUGAGCUUUAAUCAAGAUUAUAAGUUGUUUUCGAGUUGUAAAGGGAGGAGUAACGAAUACGGGAUUGGCGUGUGGGACCAAGUCACCGGAAACCAAGUCGAUUUCUUUUACGAGCCGCCCGGUUGGUCGCUCGGGGAAGCGGACAAGCUACAAUGGCUACACGGCACGAAUUGUCUACUCGUCGCGACACUAUUCCCGAGGAAGGAUAAUUGCUACAUAGGUUUGUUGGAUUUUAGAGAUAAGAGCAUGGUUUGGUCUUGGUCAGAUAUCGGUGCGCGUAUUACCGACGAGAGGAGAGUUAGAGACGCGAUAGCUAUGGAGGAAACCAACUCUAUAUGCGUGGUGAACGAGUACGAGGAUCUAGGGUUUAUGGACUUGAGGCGCGCGGGAAGUAUCGUGAGGUGGAGCUCGAGGAGUAGGCUAAUGAAGGGGAAAAUGCCGGACGAGCCUUGUUAUCCGAAGCUUGCAUUGCACGAAGGGCAGCUUUUUUCGUCGAUGAACGAUAGCGUGUCGGUUUUCGCGGGGCCCGAUUGGGUUUUGACCUCUAGGUUGAGGAAUAGCUACGGCGGUUCCAUUUGCGAUUUCUCGAUCGGGGGCGAUAGGCUAUUUGCGUUGCAUAGUGACGAGAAUGUUUUCGACAUAUGGGAGACACGGGCGCAUUCCAUCGUGUGAUUCUUGAUUUUUGGGAUUUUUUAAUAUUUUUUUUUUAGAUUGUAAUUUGUAUAGAUUUUUUGUGAUUGACAUUAAUUGAUUGCUUAACAACCAUAUUUUUAUUUUUUUUGGAAUGUAUCUUUGCUUCUAGUAGUUGAAGAUUGUAUUUUUAUAUUCUAAUCUUAUUACAUUGUUACUUUUGAGCAAAAUCCUCAUCAACAAUGUUUACUUUGUUCACCUUUUUUUACUUUAGUAAAAGAUGAUAUAUUAUUCUUAUUAUCAUAUGAUAUUGUAAUG